GUUGUGCAUCACUGUCAAACUCAUCAUUGAUGACUUGGUCCAGUUCUGGUGCCUCCUGCAUUCAUGAACAGUGAUCCCAUCUUCCUGCCACAGCAUGUCAUUCUCAAUCCAGGGGUGCUCAAUGCGUCGAUCACAAUCGCAGUUUCCGUCGAUCGGGACGGCGUGAAGAGAAAAAAAAAGAAAAAAACAUCAGCUGUAAUUUUUUUCUCACUUUAGUUCAUCGCGUGUCGUGCAAACAACGACAGUACAGGAAAACACGCUGUCAGUGAGUUGCCCUUCUAUUUUAAGCUCUCGCUUAAGAUAUCUUAACGAACGUGAGUGUGGAUGCUGCAGUAAAGAAGCCAAAAACCUAUCACUUUCAUGUGAAUGUGAGGUGGACUUUUUUUCACGAUGUCAUUUACGAAGUGCCUUUGCCUCAUCUGCCAGUGGAGUGAAAUGUGGAAUGGCGUCUUCGAACUGUCUAUGGAAAAUACGACACCGACAUCCCGCUGAAAAGCAAGCUGAAAAUGAGAAAAGUGAACCAACUAAAAUCCCAACUGGCAGCACAGCAGUCACUUUUCACACAACAACAGCGAAAGCCGCCACCAUCGUUUCCGGGUUCGUCACAUCACACAUAGAAGAGGCAUAGCUGACUCGUUGUUCUGAUCUUUUAAAAAUAAAGCGCGAAUAUUAUCUUAAAUAAAAUCUCUGCAGCUGGAAAGGAGUACAGUUACACGGCGAUGUGAAGCCAUGGCUGAUGUGUGGAAGGACAUCACAGAGUGUGAGUGUUUCUCACUGCAGUUGGAUAAAUCUACUGACGUGAGUGGCAUAGCCCAGGUGUGCAUUUUCAUUCGUAUGGUGUUUAGUGAUCAUCAACGUGAACUCAGAUAGUUACAAAAAUGCUUAAAGUUAAUUAUAUUGUGUAAUAUUGGCGCAUGCUGUUAUGCAAGGCACACAAACAUACAUUUACACAUAAAGAAUCCUCAAUAUACUUUAAAAUGAAUAUGUUUUGCAUUUUUGUAGUGGAUGGAUCAUUGUGUGUGUCAUCUUUGGUCAAUCUAUUUCAUCAUUGGUCAUUCUAUAAAAAAUCCACACAGGCACAGGGAGAACAUGGCAAUUCCACACAGGGGCAGGAUUUGAACCCCAGUCCUCAGAAGGGUGAGGUCAACGCUCUCGCCAGUUGCACCACUGUGCUGGCUUGUUUACAUUUAGACUAACAAAAAUAACUGGUUUCAUGUAUCAUAGUGAUUGGCUAGCAACCAGUUCAAGGUGUACCCCACCUCCUGUCAGAAGAUAGGUGGGAUAGGCUCAAGCCCUUGCAUGAUAAGUUAAUGUUGGUGUGUUUUGUCAGCUUGAACCUGUGUUUAUGCUUGGACAUGCACUUUGGUCCUCUCCACAACUGCUCGAGGCAUGGAUGAGGGGAGGGGAGGCUAAUUUUGGUGGGGAAAAGGCGGGGUGAAGGGGUUGUAUUGUAGGACAGCAGUGAAAAUAGGACUAUCAGUUCCACUCAGAUAACCCCUAGCUGUCAUUGGACCUCAAGCCAAGCCGCGACCCCAGGGCUUGAACUCUGUGGUCAUGUGAUCAGGCAGUAAAGUGACCAGUGGUGUUACUUGGCUCCAACUGUGGUCAGAAAGGAGCAGGCUGUCGAGGAAAGAGGUUGCUGGGGGAGCAUAUACAGGGCAAGGGGGGGGGGAAGCUAUGAAGCAAUUCUUCAGUAGGCUCUAUGUUUGAAUGGGUUCCAGGCAACCUGGGAGAAGCAUGAAAUGGAUACAUGGGAAGAUGAUCCGGCUGAGCAACGUACUUGUCUUAUCUGUGGAGAUCGAGCCACAGGCCUGCACUAUGGGAUCAUCUCCUGUGAAGGCUGCAAGGGUUUCUUCAAGCGCAGCAUUUGUAACAAGCGUGUGUACCGAUGCAGCAGGGAUAAGAACUGCGAAAUGUCACGCAAGCAACGCAACCGCUGCCAGUAUUGCCGCUUACUCAAGUGUCUACAAAUGGGGAUGAACCGCAAAGCAAUCAGAGAGGAUGGCAUGCCAGGAGGAAGGAAUAAAAGCAUUGGGCCAGUUCAGAUCACAGAAGAAGAGAUUGAGCGCAUCAUGUCAGGCCAGGAGUUCAAGGAGGAAGCCCCAGAGCACACAUGGGCCAACAACGGUGACAGCGACCACAGCUCUCCCAGUAACGGAGCUUCGGAGGGCAACCAGCCGUCACCCGCCUCCACGCUAUCAUCCAAUCGCUCCAUAGAGAUGAAUGGCUAUACAGCAACCCUCAGAGAUCAGUACAUCAACGCCUCCAUGUCAACACACUACCAGCUGCUGCCACACCUCUUCAGUUAUGCUGCCCAAUCUGGCCUGCUGGCCCCGCAGCCCCGCAACCUUUACCCACAGUCCCAUCCAUUAGUGCUGCAGCUGGUGGCAGCAGAAGACCUGAACCCCCUGGCCACCCCAAUGUUCAUAGAAGAUGGAUACAAGGUAACCCAGGUGGAGCUGUUUGCCUUGCUGUGUCGCCUGGCAGACGAGCUGCUCUUCCGCCAAAUCUCAUGGAUCAAGAAGUUGCCUUUCUUUUGUGAGCUCUCCAUAGAGGACUACACCUGCCUGCUCAGUUCCACCUGGCAGGAGCUCAUCCUGCUCUCCUGUCUCACAAUCUACAGCGCCCAGAUCUUUGGUGACCUGGCCAAUGUCACAGCCAAGUACACACCAUCUGAUGAUGAGCUGCAGGGUUUCAGUGAGGAUGGCAUGGAAGUGAUGGAGAGGCUGAUUUAUCUAUUUCGUAAAUUCCACCAGUUGAAGAUCAGCAAUGAGGAGUAUGCCUGUAUGAAAGCAAUCAACUUCCUAAACCAAGAUAUCAGAGGACUGUCAAACAUCUCUCAGCUUGAGCAGCUGAACAAGCGCUAUUGGUAUGUCUGCCAAGACUAUACUGAGUACAAAUAUCCGCACCAGCCCAAACGCUUCCCUGAGAUCAUGAUGUGUCUGCCAGAGAUCCGCUGUAUUGCAGGAAAGCUGGUCAAUGUCCCUCUGGAGCAGCUCCCCCUCUUGUUCAAAGCAGUCUUGCACUCCUGCAAAUCCAGUUUGACCAGCUACAGGAGUGGCCCGUCACCCUGUGUGACUGCCCCCUCUGGAAAUUAGAGGCCUACCUGACCCUAACAACACAACCCCCCUCUCCCUAAGCUCCCACACCCCAAAUUAAGGGAACGGUCUCGCCUCUAAUGAAUGUGACAAGCAGCUAGUUUUUUUUUUUUUAAUUACUUUUCAUUUUGUAUUUAUUACACGACAGAGCUGAAUGUAUGCUGAUUUACACUGUGCACAUGCUUCUGUACAAAACAAAUGCUCAUAGAUGCAUUGGUCUUUGGAGUUUACAAGUGUGUAUCCAGUUUGCUCAAUGUGUCAGUGUUGCCAAUAUUAGAGCUAGACUGCAAAAAAGAAAAAAAGGGUUUGUUUUAUUCAGAUGGGGGAAGAUAUGUGACGAGUGUUUUGAGACUACCUCAGGAAGAUGUUAUUGCUAUUUUUGUGGUGUUAAUAAAGAGUUGCCCAGUCUUAUACAAAAUUCCAAUGGGUGCUUUGGCACCCCAAUCAGAGUCUGGAUGUUCAAAGUAGCUGUGCAAAUCAAAAAUUAAGAAAUUGUGUUUUAUACUAUCAAAAACAUUAGAUAUUGGAAAAGAUUAGAUAUUUUAGCUGCAUGGACUUUUGGACAUUCUGCUUAUGGGAGGCGUAACAUUCCAUGAGUGAAGGUGACAGCUAUAUGGAUCAGUGGGAUCUUCUUUGGAAAAGGAGUAUACGGGUAUUUUUUACAAUCAUAGAGUGGAGAUGUAAGGAUUUAUUGCAAAGGUAAGGGAGGAUAGUUCGUGGGUUUUUUUUUUUUAUUUUUUGUGAUCGAAUUAUUAUGCAAUGCUUUUUUUUUUCUUUCAAAUGCCUAUUGAGGGGUAUGGAGCUGUUGGCUCGACAAAAACAUUUCUUGUCAAUGAAGGAUAAGUAUAAGAAAUGAAUCAAUCUUAAUCAGAGGGGUGACCCGCUGAUUGACAGAUGAGCACAUUGCCAGAUUUCCCCCAAAAUGCUGCUAAUCCUGCACCCACAAUAUGCAUUCAUCACAUAUGAUUUACAGUAAUCCCUCGCUGUAUCGCAGUUGUUUUAUUAUGGAGUCAGUGCAUUUCAGUUAUAUAUAAAUCAUAUCGGCAUAUCUCCUUUACAGUUACCAUUAUUGGGUUUGUGAUUAUAACGUGGCAGCACUGUUAUACUAUUAUUAUCAGAAGAAUAAACCUUCGUAAUAUGAACUCAUACAUUUGGUAAGUUACCAAAUUGCUUGAGGAUCCAAAGAACAUGAAUUUCAAGAACACAAAAACACACAAAAAACACGAGCCACUGUCACAUUUAUGAAAUUCACAACUACCUACCUUAGUCUUACAAUUGCUAAAGCACACUCAUCAUGCUAUCGACAUGAAUGAAAUAAAAAAAGUAAAGAGCAACAUUUAGCUUGGUUUUCUAUAACUUCAAUACUGUAGUUAAAAACAACACCGCAAUGAAUUCUAGUUUCCCAUAAUUCUUUUAGCUGACUACACUGCCAGGACCAUCAGUGUGACGAACAGUGCUAAUGAUUAAGGCAGGAAAUUAUCUGUUAAAACCAGGUUUGUUAUUAACGUCAUUCAAGGGGAGCACAUAUCAAUCAUUUAGAUGUAUAGCAUUUGUAAAUUCAUAUAAUAAUACAAUAAAAAAAUUGUGGCUACUUUGCAUAUUUCAUUUAUUCGCAGGGAGUUUGUAAGGUUACAACUGUGAUAAACGAGGUUUUGCUGUAAUAUUUGUGGGGAAGCAAACAGCAGAUAGCAGUUAUAGUUCAGUAAUUACAUGAGCCAGUUGUCAUAAAGACACACCUAUUCCCUACAGCUCAGCAAAGACAUUUGCUACCAGACUUUUAUCAGGUCCUGUUGAGUCCAAUCAUGUGUUUGCACAGAUCCCAAAACCAGAAUAUUAGAUUGGACCUGAAUGAAACUGUCUCAGGUACUUAGAUUAAGAUGAUUGACUCCACAGACUAGGAAAUGAAUGUUUAUGUGCUGAUUCAAAUUCAGCCACAAAGAUUGCAGAUAAUCAAUUCAUGAUGUAGUGAGAGAAUUUUAGUGUGGUUUAGAACAUUGACUAGACCACUGGCUUUUAGUCUCUGUGACGGAUAUGCACAUUAUUGUCAAAAAAUGUUCUUUAAUUUUUGAACUGGUUGGGUGUCUGUCUGUGAUUCCUCUAGAAUUGACCAGUUUCACUAUGUGCAAACCAUUUGAAAUGCAGAGAAAAAUGCAGUCAUUGCAAGAACUCUUUUUUUUUUUUUUGCACACAUCGGUGAUGUUCAGAGACCUUGACCUUGGCCACUGCCCACCCAGUGUGUUCCUCUCUCAGGUUCUUAUUGGCCUGGAUCGAAACAGGGUAAAGUGAGUGUUAUGUAUUGCAUUCAGGAGUUACUCCAGUGAUCACGCUGAUGUCCUUGUUGUGUUAGUAGAUGUAGCUUCUAGGACAUAGAAGGUCCUCUGUAGGAAAAUUUUUCUACUUGAUUUGCAUGAUAGUCAUUGUUUUCAUCAAGCAGGUGAAAGUGGAUGUAGUUUGAAUGUGAAACUAAUAGGGAGUGUGUGUGGGUCGGGGAAGUAGUUUGAUUGACCCUCAAUUAAAAUUUGUGAUGAUCAAAGUGAGAAUCAGGUGCAUCUCCAGAAAGUUUGCUUGUCCAAAUGUCGGAGCUUUCACCCACAUCUCCAUGUGCAUCUUCGGCCUUAAUACCAGCACAAGACAGUGUAGUGUUUCUCUUUCAAAUGCUUCAGUUCUCUUUUUUUCUUUUAUUUUUUUAAAAUACAUUUUCAUGUACAGUACCUAGUUAUUUGAAUGUUUUGGGUUAUUGUUAUUGUUCUCAUGUAUUCAUUGUCUUAAUUUGCCUGAGGGUAACCCCUUGUGUUCAGUUUCACUUUUGUGAACUUGAUUAAAAACAAACUCCUUUAUGCACAGCAAUUUAUGAAAGUGUUACUCAGUUGAUGUGAUGUCAGACAAAUUUUAUGUGGCAAUACUUGCAUCUAUGAAUCUUUCACAGUAGUGUUUUAAAUAAUAGUCCAAUGUGACUAACCGGAUUAACCCAUGUUUUCAGUAUUUUUAUUGCUACAUGUCAAACAAGUUUUGAGUAGGUACCGUACAUUCUUGGAAAACAAAUGAGACCCAGCAUUCAUGAUAUACACACUCUUAAGGCUGUGCAAUUGGGCAAUUUGUUGAAAGGGGUGUGUUCAAAAAACAGCAGUCUGGUGUGGAUUUUACAAGCUGAUCUUCUGAACAAAGUGUCGAUGACCUCACUGAUUGAAUGCCACACUGCUAUUUUUUAAAUACAUCCCUUUCAAGAAAUUGCCCAAUUGCACACCCUUAAGAGCGUGUAUAUCGUGAAUGCUGGGUCUCUUUGGUUUUCUGAGAAUCUACUACACCUACUGGUAACUUGUUUGACAAGUAGCAAUAAAAAAGUAUAUAUCCUGAAAACGUGGAAUAAUCUGGAUAGCCACAUUGGACUGCUAUUAUUUUGAACACUACUGUAUGUAUUACUUCAUCUUCUAAAUCAGGUGUUUUGGCAUCACUUGAGGUUCCAAACUAGUGUUGUUUCUUUCAUUUUCUACAAUGAUGGAAUUAUUUAAAUGCAAUUGUUUCACAUCAACUUUGCUUGAAGCCAUGCCAAUUAUAAAUUACUUUUGUUUUUGAGGAAAUUGUUUGACAAAACCAUAGGUGUUUGAUUUUGUUGUCAUUUAGGUCCAUUUUGUCCUCAUAAGAAUAAUCACUUAAAUCCCACUGAAUCUUAAAAAAACAAACAAACAUUGAAGUUCUAUUGCACAAUGAUAACUACCACAUAAUUAAAUCUGUUCUGCAUGCAUGUUUCAUGGGAAAUUUGGAGUUUGUGAUCUUAGAUGAACCACUCACUUUUAACCACGUAAGCUCAGGGACAUUGAAACAUCAUUAAUCAAUGUGGCAUGUUAAAUGGCUAAAAGUACGAAGCUUUUCGCACCAAACCUGCAUAGCCAGCCACAGAGGCCUCUCAGUAGAGCAUUAAUGAUGCAGUCGAAGGAGAUGAGAAAAGUUCAGGGUGGCCAACAACAGAGCUGCAACCAACUCUCUUUUCUCAAAGUAACUUCAGGAAUGCAUUGAACAUCACAAACAUCUGAGAUCUGACUGUGGAAAAAAGAUCUGACGGGGGAUUUUUCCUUUUAUGUAGCAUCCUGCUACUCAAUGCUACUCAACUAAAUCACUGCCAAUUUCUGUCUAAGUUGUACUCGUGAUAGUGGAUGUUUUUUCUUUUUUUUUUUUAAACACGAAAAAUGUGAUUUGCAAUGUUUAUGCUGAAACUACCUCUGUCAUAAUUUUACACGACAAAAUGUGAUUGUUUUUUUUUUUUUAUACAUUGGAUUCAUUGCGUAAAUUUUCUGUUAGGAUGUCACUUAUUUCACCCAAUGACCUCUCAGAUAUGACAAUGCUUAAAACCUGACUAUUGUAAUUUUUUUAUUAGCAUGUUGCUGCAUGUUUCAUUCUACCUCACUAGUUGCUGUUUACCUGUCAGCCACAAUUUAUUUUUUCAUGACCUUUAGCAGGAAUACAACAAAUGUAUUAAUCUAUUUUCAGGGAUCCUUGUUUACACCAACACUUGUUUCAUUUUCAAUUUGCAUAAUCUGUUUUUUUCACUUCUGUCCUGUUGUCCUGGAUAAAACACCAAAGAUGAAAGAAUGUCCAUGAUGUCAGUGCAUUGAUUGUUAGUCAUGUGAAGCAUUUUUGUUGUCCUUAAGCAAUGCUUUAUUUUCCUGUAUUGACUUUUUUUAAAUGAAUUACUAUCUUGUAAAUGGCGGUUGGUUAUGUAUACAACAACAACAAAAAAACUCCAUGUCAUGAUAUGCCCCUGUGUUGUUUUUUUUUUUUUUUUUUUUUUUUUAAUUGAGCUACAUGAUUGCUGUUCACCCUUGAAGGUAACACAGUAUUCACGAUGAGGCCACUUAUCAUAUCUGAUGCUGCUUGUGAUCGAUUAUCAAUCAGGAACCUAUUUGAGGUCACGUUGACAUCUUCUUGUGUUUACAUGCUUCCACUCAGUUGAGUGACCCUGGCACUAUGGCACGGGACUACUGGGAUUUUAUCACUGGGUUUGGGCUCAUUCAGGCUCCUGAAGAGAGCCUGCAGAUUUAUUUGCUGAUAAUGAUAUUAGCGUCAUGAUUGACAGAUUAUUGGAGAAGGGCCUUCUGUUUGGGGAUUAUUUGUCUUUCUAACUUCUGUGUAUGUGAGUGCAGAGCCCAUGUUAUCCUGUAUUUAAUACCGCCUAAACCCUUCAAUUAGUGUAUCAUGUUUUGCUUUUAAUGUUGGGUUUACUGCAUCUCCAUGUAUAAUGUGUCCAAUCCCAGUGGUGUACACGUUCACAGACUGUUUUAAAUGAGCACAAGGUGAGUCUGGGACUGAAGUACAAAUAGUUUGAAAAAAUUAUAUAUCUCAGGGAAUACAAUGAUUUACACACUGUUGUUUACAGUAAACAGACAAUUGAAACUGCUUCAUGUUUUUCUCUUCAAAAAUCUUGUCUGCUCUUGUUACUUUAACUACCUGUGAAGAUUGUGAUCUAUAAUAUGUUAAACAGCAUGUUUAGAAUGUGUUAGUAAGUAAGAACCAAAUAAAUGUGAA